GUAGGUUACUCUCACUAUUCACUGCCAUUUCAUCUGCAUAAAUAUUUCUUUAGCCUUUCAUUUUCACCUUUUCUUCUUCACAUUCAAGGCGCAUGCAGUAUAAAUAAUCUCACAGACUUGUGUCUGUGCAUAGUCUUGAGUCUUGGUUUUUAUUAUCUCAUAAUCAGGCAAUGCUUGGAGUACGAUGAACAUGCUUCGAGUUUUGGUGAUUUUGUGUAAUAUUAUCAGUCUCAUCAGGGUUGGUGCUGAAAGUCCGUAUAGAUUUUUUCAUUGGCAUGUGACUUAUGGUGAUAUCUUCCCCUUGGGUGUUAAGCAGAGGGGAAUUUUGAUAAAUGGUCAAUUUCCAGGGCCUGAGCUAUUCUGUGUUACCAACGACAAUGUUGUUAUCAAUGUUUAUAAUCACCUGGACGAGCCAUUUCUCCUCUCUUGGAAUGGGAUUCAACAGAGAAGAAACUCAUACGAAGACGGAGUGUAUGGAACCACAUGCCCUAUUCCCCCUGGCAAGAACUUCACAUACAGGAUGCAAUUAAAAGAUCAAAUCGGAAGCUUCUUUUAUUUCCCUUCUCUCUACUUCCAUAAAGCUGCUGGGGGCUACGGACCGAUUCGGGUUCUCAGCAGGCCCAAAAUUCCUGUUCCAUUUCCACCACCAGAUGGUGAUUACACUGUUCUUAUCGGAGAUUGGUACGCAGCUGAUCACAAGAGCUUAAAAUCAGUUCUAGACCACGGUAGGAUGCUGCAUUGCCCUGACGCAAUAUUAAUCAAUGGCCACAAAACUGCUUCGUCUUUCACUGUUGAACAAGGGAAAACCUACAGAUUGAGGAUAUCGAAUGUGGGGCUUCAAAAUUCACUAAACUUCAAAAUCGUGGGACACAAAAUGAAGUUAGUUGAAGUCGAGGGGACUCACACAAUUCAGAACACGUACUCAUCGCUGGAUGUUCAUGUUGGUCAGUCUUUAUCAGUGCUGGUUACUGCAGACCAGGCUCCUCAGGACUAUUAUAUCAUUGUUUCCAGUCUCUUCACCAAUGAUCUCCUCAGCUCCACAGCUAUCCUUCACUACAACAAUUCUCAUAAGCGGGUUCCUGCAAGGCCUCCAUCUGUCCGCAACAGGCGUGUCCUGUGGUCACUCUACCAAGCGCAUAGCAUCAGGACUAACCUUACGGCUAGUGGACCGAGACCAAAUCCACAGGGAUCAUACCACUAUGGCCAAAUCCCUGUCAAUAGAACUAUCAUGAUUAUCAACUCAGAGAAUCAUGUUAAUGGGAAAUUGAGAUAUGGUAUAAACAAUGUCUCCUUCGUUCCAGCAGACACGCCUCUAAAAUUAGCAGACUACUUUAAUAUACAAGGUGUUUUUGGUAUUGGAAGCAUCCCAGAUUACCAAGAUGAUCAGGCAUUUCACCUUGGCACAUCUGUGAUGAGUGCUGACUACAGAGAGUUUGUGGAAAUUGUGUUUGAAAAUCAUGAUCCUGUGACCCAAUCCUAUCAUCUUGAUGGUUACUCUUUUUUCGUAGUUGGCCUAGAUAGAGGUCCGUGGACUCCGGCAUUGAGAGACAAAUACAAUCUUGAAGAUGCAAUUCCCCGUUGCACAACACAGGUAUAUCCUAAUUCUUGGACUGCUGUAUAUGUAGCACUUGAUAAUGUUGGAAUGUGGAACUUGAGAAGUGAGAUCUGGGCAAGACAAUACCUUGGCCAGCAAUUUUAUCUGCGAGUCUAUACGCCAGUCAUAUCCCUCAGGAAUGAAUUAUCUAUUCCGGAUAAUGUGCUGCUUUGUGGCAGGGCAGCUGGUAGAGAAAUCCCGCGUCCUCCAGGAAUCUUACAAAGAGAUGACAAUGAAGAUGAAGAGCAAACAUGACGUGACUUUAUGAUUGACCCUUAAACAGACAAGGGCACGGUCAUAUAUACUCAUUCACAAGUUAAACAGAUAAUCAGCAUUUUGUUUUUGGAGCUUCAAGUUAAACCCAUUCAUUUCUUUGUAGUUUUGGUAGACCUGUCAGAUACUUGCUGGUAUGUUCUUUUCAUCGAUUACAAGGAAGAACAUUCAUCAAAAAAGAAGGAUUUGUUUUCCUCCCUUGACAGUAUUUUACACGGUUCUCCUAGCAUGUUAUGAUGAGAAUGGAUCACAAACCUAUGAAUGUAUUGCUGCUGCUGCCAUAUAUAAUGGGAACUGUCAUAUAUAAUGGCCGUAUCUGCGUAUCAUAUCAACUGUCAUAUAUAAUAGCCGUAUCAGAUUUAACCCAUAUAUACAGUCAAGUAGCAUUACUUGCAUGUUUCCUAAUAUACACAAUUGUUGAGUACAACUAUAAGAUUUGAAAAUUUUGGAAUCGACCUUAAUACACAGAGCUCUCUGUGAGAGAUUUAUUCUGUAACUUUACCUUUUGAACAAAUGUAAGUGCUGGAAUUUUCUUUGUUUUG